GGGAGGGAAGGCCACUCUCUCGCUUCCUGAAGCAGGACGGGGCAGGACCGACGCAGCAGGACCCCUCCAGGGGUUCCCAGGCGAGGAGGGGACACCAAGGAGUGACUGAUAUAAGCUCCUGGCCCACAGUCCCUACUCCAUGGGGCUCGAGUGCGGUCCGCCGACCACCUAUUUCGUAAACAACGUUUAAAAACUGUACGAAAGUUCAUUCUCAAGACUUACUCCUCCCGAGAUGGAGAAAUAUGAAAAAAUUGGUAAGAUUGGAGAAGGCUCCUACGGGGUGGUGUUCAAGUGCAGAAACAGGGACACGGGUCAGAUCGUGGCCAUCAAGAGGUUUCUGGAAACUGAAGAUGACCCUGUCAUAAAGAAAAUCGCCCUGCGAGAAAUCCGCAUGCUCAAGCAACUCAAGCAUCCCAACCUUGUCAACCUCCUGGAGGUCUUCCGGAAGAAGCGGAGGCUUCACCUGGUGUUCGAGUAUUGCGACCACACAGUGCUUCAUGAGCUGGACAGAUACCAGCGAGGGGUACCAGAGCAUCUCAUGAAGAACAUAACUUGGCAGACACUGCAGGCUGUAAACUUCUGCCAUAAGCGGAACUGCAUCCACAGAGACGUGAAGCCCGAAAACAUUCUCAUCACAAAACACUCCGUCAUUAAGCUCUGUGACUUUGGGUUUGCACGGCUUCUCACUGGACCAGGUGACUACUACACAGACUAUGUGGCCACCAGGUGGUACCGCUCUCCUGAGCUGCUGGUGGGGGACACACAGUAUGGCCCCCCAGUCGAUGUCUGGGCGAUCGGCUGCGUCUUUGCUGAGUUGCUGUCCGGAGCGCCUCUGUGGCCGGGGAAAUCUGACGUGGAUCAGCUCUAUCUGAUAAGGAAAACCCUGGGGGAUCUCAUUCCCAGACACCAGCAAGUAUUUAGCAUGAAUCAGUACUUCAGUGGGGUGAAAAUUCCAGACCCUGAAGAUGUGGAAACCCUUGAGUUGAAAUUUCCAAACAUCUCCUACCCCGCCCUGAGCUUCUUAAAGGGCUGCCUCCACAUGGACCCGGCGGAGAGGCUGACAUGCGAACAGCUGUUGCAGCAUCCGUACUUUGACGGCGUUCGAGACGCUGGGGAUCUGACAAGGCAGGACGACAAGUCCGUGAGGAAGACCCUGAGACAGAGUCGAAAGCACCCGGCUGGGUUGCAGUACCUACCUCAGUUAACUAGCAGCAGCAUCCUCCCGGCUUUGGACAAUAAGAAGUACCACUGUAAUACCAAGAAAUUUAACUACCAUUUUCCAAAUAUUUAAGCAGCUAGCAGAGUGAAGAAGUGAUCAAUAAUUUGAAGGAGAAAAAAGUACAUAUUUGAUUCCUGUAUUGACUACACAUCAGGAGAAAACACAGACAGGAAGCUGGAGGUCACCUGGCAAGAUAUGAAGAGAAAUUCCAGAGCCAGACUUCCAUGCUUGGUGGAGAUGUCCAGAGAAGAAAGCAAAAGCUGGCAGUUUCACUGUGUUUGUACAUCUAAGCAGCGGAGCUUAAAGACAGACUAGAAACUGUAUCUACUUAAUACAGUAUAUAUUAUGUAUAUACUGUAUGUAUAUUACAGUAUAAUAUACAGUUAAAUACUGUAUAUUGCCCUUAAAGACAAUAUAAGCCGUAUCUGCUGCCUGUAGCUGCAACAGUAGAUCAUGCCAGAAGGACUUCAGCUUGCUUUCUGGCACAUGUGAAAAGUGGGUUAUAAAAUAUCCAUAUGUAUUUCUUUAGAUAUGUGUUUCCUUGAAUCCUAGCUCUAAUGUUCUUUUCAAAACAUAUUUAAGUAUGAUUUUGGUCCCUGAAAUCAAAAUGUAUGUGAUUCCAUUUCCUGUAUGCUCAUUCCUGAUUUUUGUGUUUUAAGACAUGUUUUAGAAUAUCUAAGUUGAUCAAAAUAUCUAAUGUCUUAAAACUUUGUAGUUUUUGCACGUAUAUAACCAUGAGAUACUUAGACAUCUCUUACAUAUACUUUUAUCUUUACCCUAAGAAAGGAUGCAUCCGAAAGGGAUAGAACAAGACCUACAGGCCUCACAGAAUGAGCCUGUCAGCCUGAAAAUAAUCAUCACUUCAUUCUUCAGCCCACCUCAUACCUGAAGACUGUUCUAUAAGCAAAACUAAUAUAAUAAUCUGAAUUUAGACACAAUUGUUUGUGAACUCUAAUUUGAAUCAGGAAACAUGUAGGUUGUUAAUUGAAAUUCUCUCCUUGAAGAAUCUCUUAUUAUAUACACCAUGUAUAUGUACAUGCCUGUAAACACACAUUCAUACAAUUGUACACAUAUCUAUGUGCACAUACCAUGCUAAUGAAUACAGUACAACAAAUAAGGAAGUAGUCAACAGUGAGACUUAAAAUUACCUUCAAUCUGGUUUAUUAUUCCUAAUAGCAAAUCUUUUCCUUCCUGCCCCUGGACAUGGGCAAUGUAAGUCCCAUUAUCAGCGUCUCACUAUCAUUUCCGGUUCAUGUGCUGCUAGUUCACAGUUCUCAGACACGGGCUUAAAGCUCUACUCUACUGCAUCCCCAGAACAUCUUCUGCGCUCUCAUGACACCACUCAGCCUGUCACUGAUCACCAUGCAGUUCACUAAAUUCCGUCAUCUGCUCAGUAAUCUUGGCCACACCAAGGCAAAGUACGGCUUCCUAAAUAUAUAUAGCUCCUUCCACAGACCUGACAGGGGCUGAGUGACAGCUCCACUAGUAUUCAGUUCCUCUUAAAUAGCCAUGAUUUAAACGACAAGGAAGGAUACCAACUUCUAUGAGUAGUUCACAUUGCCUUUUUCCCGCUUAAAUCAAUAAAAAUGUAUUUGAAGAAGCAAAUGA